CUUAAUUAUUAAAUUAAUAUCCCGAUCUUAUCAUAUAAGCCAAAUUAUACGAAGAUUCUUAAGAAUAAUCAUUUUAAUUUCACUAACCUCUCUCUAUCUCUCUCUUCAUUAUCCGAAUUAAGCCAAUCGAAUCCUUUUCAACCCGACGGGUCGUGAAAUUCCCCAAAAGAUUCCUCUUUCUCAGCUCAAUUUCCAAAAGCUCCGACCUUUACGAUCCUCUAGAUUCUCGGCGCCGGUUUCUCGGAGUAAAUAAUGGCUCAGUUCACGGGUCGGGUCGUUGGAGACUACUUGGUGGGUCGUCAAAUCGGGUCGGGUUCGUUCUCUGUUGUUUGGGAAGCGAGGCACCGCGUUGACGGUACUGAGGUUGCUAUCAAAGAGAUCGCCAUGGACAGGCUUAACAAGAAGCUGCAGGAAAGUCUCAUGUCUGAGAUUUUUAUCUUGAGGAGGAUCAAUCAUCCUAACAUCAUCCGUCUGAUCGACAUGAUCAAGUCUCCUGGGAAAGUACAUUUGGUGUUGGAGUACUGCAAAGGAGGUGACUUGUCUGUGUAUGUCCAAAGACAUGGGAUUGUCCCUGAAGCUACUGCUAAGCAUUUCAUGCAGCAGUUAGCGGCCGGCUUACAAGUUCUUCGUGACAAUAAUAUUAUUCACCGAGAUUUAAAGCCUCAGGUGUGUCUGAUUCUCAUUCCUUUCAUUUCAAUGAUCUUCUGUGCACCAGGUGUUUUUUAUUGUUAAUCAGAUUAGUGUGUUAGUUGAUCUCACUGUUAAAUGAUACAACUUUCAGAAUGAUGAAAGGAUGCUGUAGAAGGGUGCUCUGUUAGUUUCCAAUAAAACAUGUUUUUGGAUAUGUUGGGGUUUCCUUGUCCAAGUCUUGGAGAUUCCAUCUUUGUUGAAAUUUAAUUCUUAAGGUUCUUUCGUUUUUGAAACAGAAUCUUCUUCUAUCCACAAAUGAAAAUGAUGCAGAUCUGAAGAUUGCUGAUUUUGGAUUUGCAAGGUAUUGUCAUCAGCACCCCUUGUUACUAGAUCAAAGAGUGUAAUAUGAAUGAAUUAGAGAAGGUUUCAAAUGGGCUCAAGCUGCUUUUGAAUGUAUAUUGUCGAAUUUCUAGAUCGUUGCAACCUAGGGGGCUCGCAGAGACUUUAUGUGGUUCACCAUUGUAUAUGGCCCCAGAGAUCAUGCAACUCCAGAAGUAUGAUGCAAAGGCAGAUCUCUGGAGUGUUGGUGCUAUUUUAUUUCAACUUGUGACAGGCAGAACCCCUUUUACAGGAAACAGCCAAAUUCAGUUGCUCCAAAACAUUAUAAGAUCAACCGAAUUACAUUUUCCAGGGGACUGUAGAGAUUUAAGCUUGGACUGCAUAGACCUGUGUCAGAAGUUACUGCGCCGUAAUCCAGUGGAACGUUUGACAUUUGAAGAGUUCUUUAAUCACCCUUUCCUUUCGGACAGGCAGUCAUAUGAUUUCUCCAGGAGUAGAUUGGGGUUAAGAACAAUGGACGGUUUUCUUUCGUCUGGAAGCAGUCCCUCGAGAAACAUGGAAGAAAGUUCUCAAGAAGACUGUUUGCCGUUCCUUCUAGAUGAUGAUUCUAGUGGACCUGAGGGGAGCCCUUCAUAUUUAAAAAAGACAUCCUCAAUGAAGUCGUCCUCUGGAAUUAAAGUCGAUACGAGAAUUGAGAGGAAGGAGGUGGAAUCUAGUCCUUUAAAACAUACAGAACUUACUUCUGGAUAUAGUAGUUUCAACCAAAAAGUGGAAAACGAUAGAUUUAGAUUUGAAACUCAAAUAAAUUCAGAUAGGAGAAACCGCAGGGAACCGACAGGAUUGACUGAUUCUAGAUCACUUAUUGCUCCAGGAAGAGUAGAUGAUUCUCAAGACUCCAUGGAUCAAGACUUCGUUCUCGUAUCUGGACCACCAGUAGAUAUGCCAUCAUCUUCAUCAAGUUCUUCGAAGCCUUAUAAUUUUCCAUUCAAGUCUCAGUCUCCUCCUGUAGAGUUAUUCAACAGAAGCAUAAGUUCAACGGCUCCCAUGCCAAUAAUUGGUGCUACUAGCAACAGCAUUGGUCAGUUUGGGAGCCUUGACAGUCAGUAUUCUGCCCCGAGCACUUCUCAUGGGUCUCUGGAUCUUGGUGAUGCUUUUGAACAGCCAUCAACUCACAGCCUGACAAGAAUCAGGUCUCUGAGAAAAUAUGCAGCAACAAUUGCAGAACUAGUUUAUGAAAGGAUUGAAUCUGACAAACAUCUAGAAGCUUUCUCGAUCCAAUUGGCGAUUCUGGCAAUUUGGAAACAGGCACUGCACAUAUGUCAUACUCAGGCAAUUUCAGGUUUGGAAGGAAGCCCAAGCCAAGACAUUAACAAACUAAGAAGUAGCAGCCUGAAACACGAUACUCACAGUUCUAAUAAAGUCACUGAUCUCAGCCAUGAUGGAUCGGAGGAGAUAUCCUCUCAGAUUCAGAGGCAAUUUAUACAGGAGAUUGAGCUUGCUGAAGAACUUGCCAAGAGUAUUGAACCUGGAAAUACAAAAAUGCCAGAUGCAAUGGAGACGAUAUUUGAAGCAGCACUUGAUCUUGGAAAACUUGGAGGAGUUAAGGAGGUUAUGGGAGAUACAGAGAACGCCGGAAACCAAUAUUCGAAAGCAGUGCGUUUGCUGGUAUUCCUUUUAGUAGAAGCACCAAUGCUGAUUCUGAAUCCGCCACUGUCUCUCACAAACUCAGUCAGGUAUCGUCUCAGGACAUAUAUUGAUUUCCUCAGCAGAAGAUUAAAACAUCUGCAGUCACAUAGAAGAAGUUCAGCUGGUCAGAUGCAAGGAUCAUCGUUAGCUAUGAUGAACAGACAAUCAUAAAUCCAUUCACUUGGGUUGGGUUCUCUUGUUUCUUGUGUUCUUUUAUGAAAAAAAAAAAAAAAUCUAAAAGAGAAAAAUGUAUAUGUUUUUGUACAGCAACAUCAUAUAUUCUUAUUCUUUUGGGGUUAAUCUGGAGGGACGUUGGGGAAAUGAUCUGUGUGAUGGAUGUUGUAACUUGUAACAUUUUCUUGUUCUAUUUUGAUCUUAAUCCUAUGUUUUUUACUUGACUUUAUGCAAAAAUAUAUGUUAUGAUGAUUCUUGG